GUAACCCACAUUAACCAAUGAGACGCGCUUAUUUAUUGUCACCGUGUUGUUAUAUCAAGGGUUUGUGAUAAGAUAACGCGCUAGAUAUUGUUGCAGUAUCCUUCAUGCGUUUGAUAAAGAUGUUCCUUUCCAAAGUGUUAAAUGUGUUAGUAAUACUAUGUGUCCUAGUUUCAUCGUGUCGCGGUUUAGAGGCCAGCGCAAAAAGCGUUCACUGUGAUGUACAAAAGGAUGAUAACAAAAUUGUCGUCAGUUGCUCGCAUCGUAACAUUGACAGCAUUACGAGUUGGCCGCAGGAAGUAAAUGCCAUAGAUAAAGGAUUAAUAGACCAGAUACGCAUUUCAUACUACAACAAUACUAUCAAGAAUGUGACCAAACUCCCCCCGCUGGCGGGGAAUAAGAUCUCCCUAGGUUUCACGGCCAACCAGAUCGCGGAGAUCGAAGAGAGUGCAUUCAGCAAUGUGGACCGAAUAGUCUCUUUGGACUUGGGUUCGAAUCGCAUUACAGGGCAGGUUUUACGGAGUGAGAUUUUUCAAGGUCCGUACAAAAAUAACGUUUACGGCGAUAUUUCCCUACAAAUACUAAAUCUCGCACAUAAUGAGAUCCAUUCCUUGGACAGAUAUUUGUUCCAACACACGCCGAAUCUAACGUCGUUAUUCCUGAAUAAUAAUCCUUUAGAAACCCUCGACCAUGUAUCUGUUUUGGCUAUAUCGAGCGCUACGAACUUGCAGACCCUCGAUUUGUCGUAUACAGAAAUCGACAGCAUUCCCAUGGCGACCUUCAGCAACCUAAUGUACUUGAGGUACAUAGAUUUGUCUGGAAACAAAUUCAUAACUGUCCCAGAGAGUUUGAACCUUGUGGGUGGAUCUUUAGAAACGUUAACGUUCAACAAUAACAGCAUCGAAGAGCUCAACGAUGAUAGCUUUGUAGGCCUAAGAAAACUACAACAACUAGAAGUUAGUAACAAUGAAUACUUGUUAGAGGUAAAACGUAGCACGUUUUCGCCGCUAGUCAACUUGAAAAUCCUCCAUCUUUGCCAUAACCCUAAGCUGCGGUACAUCAGCCACAAUGCCUUCAGAGGUUUGAAGGAUAAGUGGACUUUGAGUGAGGUUUACCUAAAUGAUAACCACUUAAGUGAACUAUCAACAGACUUAAUGCCAUGGAGUAAGCUGGAAAUUUUAGGAAUGACAAAGAACAAUUGGCUAUGUAACUGCGAUCUCGCCGAUAUAGUAACUACACAAAAAGCAGGAGAAAAAUUCAAACCUAAAGAUAUCCCUGUAUGUGCAGCUCCAAUGAAGCUGAGUGGAGCAUACAUAACAGAUAUUAGCCUGACCUAUUGCCCUACAUUUGAUUCCACAUUCUUGCCUAAGAAGAAUUUCAGUUUAUCUGAUUUGAAACCUAGACAUGUAUUGUGGAGCAUAUUUGGAGUAGCCUCUGUUGUUUGUGUAGGCAUGCUCAUAGGCCUAAUGGUCAACUAUACCAAACGCUUCUACAAAAAGCAGUUGAGGAGUCAAUCAGGAGUAAAUUACAGCAACCUUAAUGAAGAUUUAACUGACGCAUAACAUAAUCAAAUUUUAUUGAACUA